CAGAGGGAACAUGAACAGGAACCAAAGUAAAGUCAGUGUGAAAUGUUACUGGAAGAUGCUGGAUGGAAGAUCAACCUAUACCACAACAUGCGAAGCAGGCACAUGGUCGGAAAACCAUCGCUGUAUUAAUGUCUCAACGUGUUCCAACUACAUCGGAGCCUUGGUUCCAGACUCAUCUCUGACCGCUUCGUCAAUGUUCAGACCGGGAUGUGCUCCAAAUAAUUCAAGACUCAAUAUACAGAAAGAGGGUUAUUUGUAUGCAGGAGCAUGGUGCGCAAAUGCAAGCGACCAGAGUCCAUAUAUUCAGAUGAAACUUAAUACGCCAAGUUUUGUUAGAGGAGUUGCAACACAAGGCCGGAACUCGUAUAACCCUGCUCAAUAUGUCACAGCGUACCAGGUGUCCUUCAGUGAAGAUUGCAAACAUUUUCAAUACGUUAUGAAUGAAACGAACCAACCGAUGGUAUUUGAAGGAAACACUGACAAGGACACGGUAGUUAUUCAUAUGUUCAAUCAAUGGGUGAAGACAAGUUGUGUUCGAAUUUCCCCCAAAAGCUUUUUCGGACAUAUAUCGCUUCGGUUUGACGUCAUUGGAUGCCCAGACUGGAAAAUCAUGUUCAUUGCAGUCCCUGGCAGAGGGGGACUUGUAGAAGACUGGUUGACAACGGGUAACAACACAACUUCUGACCUAUUGUGUUUCUAUGAAGGAAAUGAACCCAACUGCCCUCUACAUUACAGAAACACUUUGGUGGAUAACUGGAGAAACCUGGAUGUGGCAAUGGUCAAGUAUGCUCUAUACAAGAACGGAAACGAGGUAGCCUACGUCAUAUUUAAUGCUACCGGAAGUGACGUCACAAGUUGGUUUCAAUCUGAAAGAAUUCUUAACUCUUCAUGGACAGGACUAAGCACAACAGCCGCUUUUCGGGACUUCUCCAUUGUUUCCAAAACCGGGCUACGCCGGUUUGAAAUAUCAACACAAUAUGGUGGGUGUGAUAACGACAAAUAUUUCACGUUAACCGUCAACAGACAGAUCUGCCCAUAUGAAGCGUUUGAAACUUAUCCCCAGUUCUACUAUUCAGUCCUACCGGACGGUGGAAGAGCAUCUCAGCAACCAACCGGUAAAUAA